AUGAGCGAAUACAAAGACAAGUUCUUAGAUAGUGCUUUGGAGACCAAGGCGUUGAAGUUUGGGUCGUUUACUUUGAAAUCGGGCAGACAAUCUCCGUACUUCUUCAACAUGGGUCAGUUCUCUACUGGCAAAUCUUUGGAUCAACUAUGUAAUGGAUAUGCUCAUGCAAUUAUUGCUUCAGGAAUAAAGUUUGAUGUUUUAUUUGGUCCUGCAUACAAAGGUAUUCCCUUGGCUGCUGUCACUGUGACCAAGUUGUUUCAGCUUGGAGGUGAAGAGUAUGCCAAUAUUGGCUACUCUUUCAAUAGAAAGGAGAAGAAAGAUCAUGGAGAAGGUGGUUCCAUAGUAGGAAGUCCUAUGAAGGGGAAAAGAGUUAUCAUUAUUGACGAUGUUAUGACUGCUGGUACUGCCAUCAACGAGGCAUUUGGUAUCAUCAACGAGGAGAAAGGUAAGUCUGUUGGUUGUGUUAUAGCUUUGGAUAGGCAGGAAACCACUAAGGAUUCAAAUAAGAGUGCUACCAAGGCUGUCUCUGAAAAGUAUAAUGUUCCCGUGCUUUCUAUUGUUAGCUUCGAUGAUAUUGUUGAAAAACUCAAGGAUAAAUUAACACCAGAGCAGUUGCAAGCUAUUUCUGACUACAGAAGAAAGUAUGUACCAUCAUAA